CACAAAACAGGGAUCCCGCACUCACAAUAAGGGGACACUGGGACAUGGAGCCUUCAUCAGUUUCUUGUAUCUGCGAGCUGUGCGACUGCGGUCGACACAAACAUCACAAGGACUGCAAAAAAACGCAACGUGUUCGGCCCAGAGGGACCAAUGGCGAAUGCUAUAUCUCGCACUAUAAGGCCACGUUCAACGUCCCAAAGUAUGUGCCUCUGAGAAGCAGUAAGAGACCCCUCUAUACUCCUGUUCCUCGCAACCUACCACCUAUGAACUUGGUUACCACACAGAGGACUGAAUUCAUACCAAAGCCCAUAGAAGGAAGGCCCAAGCCCUAUAUACCUCCCGAUGGCUACUACCAGAGCCCAGAGGAGCCCCUGAUCAGCCAGACAGUUUACGGCCUUCACUAUCCUCCCAAAGAGGCAGAAAGAACUAUGCUAACGCGUCCCCCCGAUAACCUGCGCCCGUUACCCGCUUCGAGUCUCCAACACAGCACGACGAACAAGGAACAGUACAAGCAAUGGAAAACAGAGCGCCCGCCACAGUAUGGAGAACUGCCAACCCUCGCAGGUUCUCUACUCUUUCCUGGGGAUGUUCGUGAUAUGAAAACAACAACCCAAGAUCACUUUGUAGAGAAGAAACUAAAGAAGGUGGAACCAGUGAAAUCUUCACAAGAUCACUUGGCCAUGGAAGGUGAACACUUCAUGACUACAACACAUCAGUCCACGUUUCAUCCUCUGCCGCUGGAAAAGAAGCAAAUAAUUAAGGAAUCUCUUCUAAAAAAUGUCAUCAAACGAUCUCCAGUGGAACUGAUGACCAAGUAUCAAAGUGACUUCUCUGGCUGCCAUACCAUAGAGCCCAGCAGGCCAGCCCUUCCACCCACUGACAACCUGACCGUGAACCCAUUCUACAGCAAUGACUUUCAGACGGUUCAAAGAGCGGCUUACCCUGGUUGGAAUCCACUGUUGCACCCUCGGCCUGAGCCAGCUCAGCUAAAGGAAGAGUUGACCGCCAUGGACAGAGAACGGGGAGGACAGGUGGAGGGAAAUACAGUUACAAAGCUGGCAUUUUUGCCUCAUGAACCGCUACCCAAGGAGCCAUCAAAACGACCACGAUCAGUUCUCCGACCAAUAAAUGCAAGAUUUGAUGGCACCACCCACAGCAGAAGUGUGUUCCAGGAUUGGGGCAUUCAACCACGGCGGCGCUACGGUGAUCCCGUGGAUGGUGUCUCAAUGAAGCCUUUGGUGAAACUGGACUCUGAGACUACAACAGGGAGCACUUUUAUCCCAAGAAAGGGGGAACCUAUGAAGAAGCAUAAGCCUGCAAAAGACAACCUAGAUCUAACUGGAGACCAGGACUUCUCUACUGUUCAUAAGGAGACAUACAGAACACCAGAACUUCCUCGGUGCCGAAUGCAGGUGUUUCUAGACCAACAGAUGGAAAUGAAGUCUUCUCAGCCACAGAAAAGCCACUGA